AUGGCCGAAUGCAAGUGCUUGAACAAUCUCGGCAAAGAUUCUCGGAGAUUACACGAUAAGCUUAUCCAGAAUCCGACGAUCGAUGAAAUACUUUUAGACUUGAUGAAUUCCUACAAAGUUGAGAGAUGUAGUAAUCGAGCGUGCAAUGAAAUGAAAAAUCGCUUGAAUAAAACAGCUCCACCAUGCGAAUUCAAGGGUGGAGGAUUUCGGACAUGGGCGUUGAAAGUCGUGUCAUGUGUGUUGCAUAAACCAUGCAAACAGUGCGGGGGGAUUAACCUGAACAACAAAUUAGAGAAUGCCUGGAGUAAAUGCAUCGAUCUCAUCCUAGAGACCGACGAAGCGUCAAACUGGAAUAGCGAUAUCGAUGUAUUCGGUAUUUACUGGUUGAUCUAUUGGAUGGCCGAACUAAGGGAUAAGCAACGAACUUCUCGGGGAGUGCCGUGGAGCGAAAUGUCGCGGAGCCAAAUGCCUCCUAAAACCAUUCAAGCUGCCUACAAACAAAACGUACUUGGAGUGGAACAGAUCAAAACAGCAAUCCAAAGGGUUUCAACAAUUGGCUUUUGCCAAUACCGGCUAUGGAGUCUGGCCACGGCUACUACUCACGGCAUCGUCACCCUCCCUUUUAUUAUUGACGCGUUACCAUCCUUCCUCAACCAAAAACACCAGGAUUGCACCGCUCAGGCCUGUCUACUUGGUGGCGAAAACUCAACUGAAAAGCGGCAGCUCCAUCGGCGUUGUAAUGGUUCUUGUGAUCCGAUACUCUGCAAGGUAGAAGAUGUAGGCGAUCGGUGCCUUUGGAUAUUACCAGACAACCAGCGUGAUUUAUCAAAUGAUGGACAAUCCCCCGGCAACCCCCUUCCCUUUAUGGCCAUUUCCCAUGUGUGGCUCGACGGAACUGGUCGGGGUGAGCAUUCGGGAAAGGUUAACACAUGCUUGUAUAGCCAAUUUCAGGAAUGGGCAAUGGAGCAAAAUUGCAAGGCCAUCUGGUGGGACGCAGUCUGUCUUCCUCGCGGGGAUAAGAAAAAAGAGGCCCUAAGAUGGAUGCACAAGAAUUACUACGAUGCGAAAAUCGUACUUGUUCACGACCUAGAAUUGUCAGCUUUUCCGUGGAGCGAUGAUGAAAAGCCUUGUCUUGCCCUCGCACUGUCCACAUGGUUUACUCGCGGCUGGACGACGCUGGAGCUUGCAUCGGCAAAGUCUGAAGAGACUAUCAAGGUCGUUUUCCGCAACGCAACAGACAACAGGCCGGUUGUUAAGAGCCUGCGAGAAAUCUUCGCCGGAAGCGAACGACUUGACGCCAAACCAGCCUAUAAGGCUGUUUCCGAUGUUAUCAAACGAGUGAUGGGUGACCCAGGGAAAUCUCACGACCCGGUUUCCCAAAUCUCGGCAAUCUUGAACCCGCGGUAUACAUGCUGGCUCAAAGACCGGUCCUAUAUUGCUGCCCUUCUUGCAGAUUUGGAUUCCAUAGAAGGCGAGAAAAACUCCGCAACUGAGCUUGAUCCGACCUGGAACAAGAAGAAAUUCACCCAGUUUAUCAUCAAAAAGGCGGGAAAGAUUUCGCCAUCAUCGUUACUACAUGGCAACGUUACAAUGUCCUACUCGGGAAAUUGGUCUUGGUGUCCGCUCUCCAUCUUCGACAUGCCUCAGGGGACAUCGAAACAUAACAUGCUUACCGUUGAUAAGAAUAGGGGUACUGUGUCUGGUGACUGGGAGGCAUGGGUAUUUGACUCGGAAGAAAUGAAAGCAACCCCAGUUGCGACUCACGAUUCUGUGCGCUUCCGAGUAGUCGAUGCCUUGACAUCCGGGAAGAACCUUCUAGUUUUAUAUCCAUGGCGUAAAAAGCGAGCUGAUCGUAUCAAGAUCGGGGAAGGUAUACGUUUUCUCCUAGUUGGCAGGUAUCGUAAACGUAGGAUGGGAGUUAGUGACUUCGGACCUACCGUCAACUACUCUAAGAAGACUGUUUACUGUGAAUACAUUGGUACUAUAACUCUACAAGGUAAUGACAUGAAAUUUGGCCAUAGAGUUAGAGUUCAGCUGUAG